AUGGAGCUUUCGAACGCCGAGAACGCCCUUCGCAGCCUCCUGCGCCGGGAGCAGCUCCCGCCCCAUGUCAUCGACGCGGCCAACGCGCUCCUAGCGGCGCCGUCGUCGGCCGCCUACGUCGACGCCAUCCCGACCUUCUUGGUCGACGCCGAGAAGCCGCGCUGGGAAGUCCUCGCCGUUGGCUUUGUGCUCGCGACCGACUUUGCCAAAGACGUGGCGGCCCACGACAGUGUGCGCCCGAUCGUGCUUGCGCAGUGCCAUGCGCAUUUGGAGAACCUCGAGCCGCGUGUGCGACGGCUGGUCGGGAAGGCGCUCGGCGCGCUCGCGUCGGUCCUUGGCGUCGGCCUGUACCGCGAGUUUGCGGCCGAGCUGCGCGAGAUCGUCGAGUGCAACAUUACGCGGUCGCCCGAGUUUGAAGAGGUGAACGAAGAAGAGUACUUUGCGUACUUUGACACGUCGAUCCCGCUGGCGUCGCCGCUCUCGACGCCCAAGUCGCCGCACCGCCUCGACGACAUCUCGGGCUUCAAGUCGCUCGAGACGUGCCUCCUCACGAUCAAGUACAUCGUGCACGGCCUCGGCCCGGCCUUCCUUGAGCUCCUCCCCGAAGACAACUUUGGCUUUCUCUCGUCGAUCGUCGUGCGUAGUGUCCGCCAUGGCAACCGCCACGUCCGCAACGUCGGCUUUGAAACCAUCUACUCGCUCUCCAAAGGUGUGCUGCCGUCGGGGUACCUCACGGCGCACCCGACCGUCGGCGCGACCAUCACCGACUGCCUCGUGCGCGGCCUCCAGGAUCCGUGGAGCGAGGUGCGGCUCACCGCGUCGCAGGCCACGCGCGCCUUUGUCAACCUCUGCACCGCCGACGAGCGCGUGACGCACUACCCCAAGCUCAUCCCUCGCAUGGCCCUCAACCGCCACUACGUGGCCGAAGGCGUCAAACAGUACUCGCGCGACACGUGGACCAAGCUCCUCGGCGCCGACGGUCGGCGCAUCGUCGCCACGUACGCAGCCGAGUGCGUCGCUUGCUACGUCGACGCGUCCGACGCCGACAAUCCGUUUGUGCGCGAGGCCGCGUGCGUCUGCAUCGGCGAGCUCGCGGCGCGCGUCGACGCCGACGCGGUCCGUCCGUUCGUCGACGACCUCCUCCUCGCCUGCCGCGUCACGCUCCAAGACGACGUGUUUACGGUCAGCGACGCGGCGUGCAGCGCCUCGUCGCACGUCGUGCUCGCGUUUCCGACCGAGGCGCGUAGCUGCGUCGACAAGCUCAUCAAGUGGUGGACGGUCCACUUGUCGGACGACGUGUGGUCGGUGCGCGAGAAUGCCGCGAUUGCGCUCGGGACGUGCGCGCGGGCCUACGCGACCGAAGACCCGGCGCUUCUCGACUCGAUUGUGGCGAUUGCGGCAUCGUUUUGCCCAAGGCGAAGGAGCAGCCCGCGAUGACGCAGGCCGCGUACGAAGCGCUCAUCAAGGCCGAGACCGCGCACAUGGGCAAGCAGCGCUUCUCGUGCUGCUCGUUCGAGCCGCGUCAGGUGAAGCGCCAGCUGCACGACUGCGACGACCACGAUGCUGGCCACGCGCUCUGGGCGCACACGGACGGCGGCAUUUACUUGGUGCGCGAGCUCUGCGACGUGCCGGCGACCCAAGCACGUGCGAUUGAGCUCUUCCCGCUGCUCGUGGACGCUGCGAUUUUGCGCCACUUUCCGCAAACUGGCGUGCUGCAAGAGACGCUGUGGAAGCAGCUGCCGGCCAUCGGCCACAGCCUCGGCAAGCAGGUCUUUAAGCGCCACAUUGAGCUCUUCUUUGAUCCGCUGGCCAUGACGCUGCAAGGCUCGCACCGGCUCGCGCGGUUCGCGGCUGUCGACUGCGUCAAGCAGCUGAGCGCGCUCAUCGGGCCGAGCAUCUUUCGCGGGCGCCUCGAGGCCAACGACCUCUGGAUGCAGCACAUUGCUCCGCACAUGGAUGCACCCAGAUACUAGCCUUGGCUUUCAUUUUUGCAUGGCAUAAGCUCGAAUAUAUCG